AUGAAUGGUGGCCGCCCUAAAGGUGGCCUUACAAUUGGUAUCUCCCUUAAACUUCGGGCUAAACUUUCACUAGUGCACGCAUUGCCGCCUUAUGCUAUUACCGGACUGAUCUCUGGUGGAAACUUCUCUUUAUUGGUCACAAAUGUCUAUUUCCCCCCGGGAGGGUUAGCAGCUGAUCUUACUUCUAGAUGGGAAUCCCUAGAGGAUUUUUUACUUUCUUGUUAUCUUAAAUAUCCUAAUGUCCCCUCCAUUACCGGAGGCGAUUUUAACGCUCGGAUAGCCUCAAAUCGGGAAGCUCUUAUAAAGUCUAAAUGGUGGGUCGACCCCGGCGCUCAAACCUACGAUCUAGUAUAUAUCCCCACUAGAAUAUCAAAGGAUGUAAAAGUCAAUAAGGCGGGAGUGAUGCUUUACCAGAUGGCUUUACGCCUUAAUUUAAUUAUAUUAAAUGGCAGGUGUCCUCCAGAUAUACCAGGAGAGUUCACCCAUCUGGGGUUAAAAUCAAACAGUGUUCUUGACUAUGUAUUGGUUUCUCGGGAUCUAUUUUUGAAUGUCACCUCUUUUAAAAUUGAUAAUGCCCAAUUUAGUGACCAUCUUCCCCUGACAACCAAGUUAUGUGUUGACUGGCACCUGCUCGAGCGCUCCCACCCAAUCCCGGUGAUUGUGGAGCCGUCCACUAAAAUAAAGGGGAUUAGAUGGUCCCCUGCCCUCGCCCAUAGUUAUACGGAUUUUAUCCGAGAAAAGUUUCCUGGUGAGCAGCCGGACGUAGGAAUAGUCCCGCGUGAUCCUAUUACCUGUAUGAAUUUUUUCUCUUGCCUGAUAGAAGUUUUAACUCGCUUUUUUACUUCUCCAAGCUAUGGAGUUAAAAACGAUUAUUUUAAAUUUGGCGCCCCUUGGUUCAACUCUGCUUGUAAACUAGCCAGACUCCAUCUACAUACAAUAUAUAAUGACUAUAAACUUUCCGGCGCUCUGGCCUUACCUCCAUCUUAUUCCCUGGCUAAAAAAGCAUACAAACAGGCCCAGAAAUCGGCCAAACGGGAAUGGCAUUUAAAUCGCUGGCAGACUAUAAUUUCUACCUCAAAAUCUCAUAACUCCCGGAAAUUUUGGUCCUUAAUAAAGGGAAGAAACACGAAAUACCCCUUAACGGUGAUCCCGGCCCCUACAUGGGAGCAGUUCCUGAGAAAAUAUUUCUCAGUGGCAGAAGCUCCGGCCACUCACUGGAGACCUUCUAAUCCCCUUCCCGUCUGGCACAAUACCGACCCUGCUGAAAUCCUAGAAUUGAUAGCUGAGCUGAAAACUGGUAAGGCCCCUGGGCCAGAUUUGGUCCCUGUUGAGGCUAUAAAGCUACAUUCUGCAUGGUGGGCAGGGAUUUUAGCUAAAACGUUUGACGCAAUAAAUGCCACGGGCUUAAUACCAGGUACGUGGAAGGAGGCCAUUAUAAUUCCUAUCUACAAAAAAGGCCCUCCCGGUGACCCAGGGAAUUACCGGAAUAUCAGUCUGCUAUCGUCCAUUGGGAAAAUAUAUGCCCGUUUUUUGCUGGCAAGGCUGAUGAAGUGGUCAGCUGAGGCUGACCUGAUUGGGCAUGAGCAAGCUGGAUUUAGAUUAAACCGAUCCACAACAGAUCAGGCAAUUAUUCUUUAUCACUUAGCCCGGAAAUACUCGACACCUCGACGGGGCCAACUUUGCGCAGCCUUCAUAGAUUUGAAAGCUGCGUUUGAUAGUAUUCCGAGGCAAUUACUAUGGGAUAAACUUGCCUGCUGGGGAAUAGAUAGAAGGCUCCUGUGGCUUAUCUCCCAACUUCAUGCCGGGUCCGUGGCCAGGGUAAGAAUAUCCCCUGCUGGAGACCUAACUAACCCAGUGCCAGUAAAUAAGGGUGUACGCCAGGGUUGUAUUUUAGCGCCUCUUCUUUUUAACUUAUUUAUCAGUGAUAUGAGGAACCCAUUAAUCGACUCACAAAAAUUUAUCCACACCCCCCGUAUAGCAGAUUAUCGUUGUCCUUUACUUCUCUACGCAGAUGAUGCGGUACUACUCUCUUACUCCAGAGUGGGUUUAAGGAGGGCACUAAAGAUUUUUGCAUCAUAUUGCCAUUCUAAUCAUCUGUCUAUCAACCACACCAAGUCCAAAGUACUGAUAUUUUCAAGGAGUCGAAAAUUAUAUUCAUGGAAAUUGGAGGGCACGAAAAUCGAACAAGUACAUAAAUUUAAAUAUUUAGGAAUUUAUUUUCAAUAUAAUCUAGGGUGGAAAGAGCACGUUGAAUAUCUUCAAAACAAGACAAAAGCCCUAUCACACUCCCUCCUCCGUUUUUCUACUCUGAGGGGCCUUAUUCAUCCCUGUGGCCUUGAAAGUGUAUAG